UGACAGCCAAUCCGCAAGGUCCUUUAACCAUGAAAAGGUUAUCUACUUUUAUACAACUACAUUACUCAGCACUUAAAUAUACACAUACUCUCAAUCAUAUUUAACCAUUACCUCAUUUACUUUAUGAUCUUUAUUCCUUUUACAAACAUCUGAAAUUAGUAGUUUUUCUUUCCUUAAUAAUGGAUCCUUUCUUGGUCGUUGCUCAACUAAAAUUGGCCACCCGACAGGCUCAACUUGACCAAAAUGUGGCAAGGUUACUCCCCUCGCGAUAUGCCGCGACCCCCCUAGAAAUCCAGGUGCACAACGAAGUGCAAAACGUGGUCGUGAAAACUACCCAAUUUAACGCCGGAUUACACUGGCAACAAACCAUAAUUCCGGACCCGUCCUCAGUAAAGAAACUGUUCCAAGCUCAAGCAGAAGUAGGAGUAAGUCAGCUAUAUACGGCGCAUGCGCACCUCCAAAUUAUUGAGGCGCGAAGACUGGAAUAUUUGAGUGAACCAGAUAACGCCCCUGUGACGGUGGAGGUUUUUGAAGGCUUGAGAACCGAGGGGAAUGGGAUACUCGAGGAGGCAAAGUAUCUCAAGGAGAGGUCAUGCGGUCAAGCGGCUUUUUCAAAUGUGCCGCCAAAUGCGGGGCAGCAAGAUACCCCAGUGUUUGACGAGAGAUGGCUUGGAGUAGGAGUGUAUGCACCGGAAGCAGAUUUGCCGCCACCGUAUCCUACCGAAUGUCAAAUAUGGUGUUCGAAAUUUUCAAAAUUUAUAAUCGUACUAAAUCUUUUUACCGAAGAAAAAGACCCAUCAGUUACGAAGCAUGGAAUCGUCGUAAAUGUCGUACAGUUUACUCCAUUUGUUUACAACGUUUCCCACGGUUGCGAAGAAAUACCACCUUACGCACCACAGGAUGCCGAGAACAACAACAUGGAUGCAUCGUGCCCACCCGGUGAAUCAAUUCCCAUGAGGAGCAUGAACAACGGACCAAACCCAUUUUUUCAGCAGACAAUUCAACCACCAUUUCCCAUCCAACAACACGACCAGCAACGAAUCCAGGAAAUGCAACGCCAGGCAAAUGAAAAUUUAGAGCGGAACGUGGGGCGAAGAAAUGUCAAGAUUUUUGCUGUCGGCAUAAUGAUCUGCAUCGUUGUGGCUGUGUCUAUUACUAUUCGAUUUAUUGCUUAAUUUUUUCAAGUUUUAAUAAAUCUUUUUUAAUUACGGCUCAUAA